AUGACAACUACUAUUAAAGUGAAGCCUCUCCCGGUUGGGCAGCAUCGACAACCGCUGAUUGGGAAUACAAUGUACACACACACAAUGGAAGGUAGUCAUUCACACCAUCUUCCACCUCUUGCAAGUCAGACAGUUGGAGGAGGCAGUAGUGGGCAUGGUGUUAGGGUGCAGCAGUUGUUCGAAGAGCAGUAUAAGCAUCACCCAGAGAAACUGGAAAUUAUUCAAAAUGGCGGCGGUGGCGGAGAUGACCAGAUACAGUCUCAAGUGAUUGCUCGUCCAAGUUCCAGUGCUGGGAGUGCUGGCAGCAAGGGAUCUGCCGUUAGGAGAGGUAACAGACUGAGUCCUGAAAGUGCCGUCAAACAGUACGUACAGAAGCUAAGUUCAUAUGAACAGCAGGAAAUCUUCAGUUAUCAAGAGGUAUACUUUGUUGGCCAGAACGCCAAAAAGAAGCAGGGAGUGAUAGGAGGCUCAAAUAACAACGGGUAUGACGAUGAAAAUGGAUCUUAUGUGCACGUGCCUCAUGAUCAUAUAUCAUAUCGUUUCGAAGUCUUGAAAGUUAUUGGAAAAGGUAGCUUUGGACAGGUGGUCAAGGCGUAUGAUCAUAAGCACCAAAUUCAUGUAGCUUUAAAAAUGGUGAGGAAUGAGAAACGUUUCCACAGACAAGCUCAGGAAGAGAUCAGAAUUUUAGAACACCUGAAAAAGCAGGAUAAAGACAAUAACAUGAACAUUGUGCAUAUGUAUGAACACUUCACAUUCAGGAAUCACAUUUGUAUUACAUUCGAACUUCUAAGCAUGAACUUGUAUGAGCUGAUAAAGAAAAAUAAAUUCCAGGGAUUUAGCUUGCAGUUAGUUCGGAAAUUUGCACAUUCUAUUCUGCAGUGCUUGGAUGCUCUUUAUAAGAAUCGAAUUAUUCAUUGUGAUCUCAAACCUGAAAAUAUAUUGCUCAAGCAACAAGGACGUAGUGGCAUUAAGGUGAUUGAUUUUGGUUCUAGCUGCUAUGAGCACCAGCGCAUUUACACGUACAUCCAGUCUAGGUUUUAUCGAGCACCAGAAGUAAUAGUAGGGGCCAAAUACGGUAUGCCAAUCGAUAUGUGGAGCCUAGGUUGCAUUUUAGCGGAACUUCUAACAGGCUACCCAUUGUUUCCAGGCGAGGAUGAAGGCGACCAGUUGGCUUGUAUUAUUGAGCUGUUUGGAAUGCCGCCUCAGAAACUUCUUGAACAGGCAAAACGGGCUCGUAAUUUUAUUUCAUCAAAAGGGUAUCCUCGGUACAGCACUGUAAGUACAUUGCCAGAUGGCAGCACUGUAUUACAAGGUGGUCGUUCAAGAAGAGGAAAAACUCGUGGGCCACCUGGCAGUAAAGAUCUGGUCACAGCACUCAAAGGUUGUGAUGACCCAUUGUUUUUAGAUUUUAUGCGACGAGCUUUGGACUGGGAUCCGCAGCAGAGACUCACACCAGCACAGGCACUACGACAUGCCUGGCUGAGAAGACGGCUACCAAGGCCGCCCGCCUUUAAUAGUGAAGUGAAAUCAGACUCUGCCAUCAGACGAAAUUCUUCCAGCAAUCGCAGUAUGGGAAUGCCUAAACUGGCAAAUGGAGCUUUAACCACUGCCAGUGGGAAGGCACGGCAGAUUGCUAUCCAGGAUGAUUUGGCGUCACAGCUGAACACACGAACAAAGUUGCCCCAGAUUGGUUCAACCAUGUAG